UCUCACAUAAAUACUGCCUAUAAAUAAAACCCUCUCUGCAACAACAUAGUUUCAUUUCAUUAUUUCUUUCCCCCAGCCAUGGCUCGCUCAUUGUUCCUAUGCUCACUCCUCAUCUUCGCUGUCACCACCUUUUCCUCACCCACCGGUGCUCUUAUCCUAACCCUCGUCAACAACUGCAACUACACCGUGUGGCCCGCCAUCCAGCCAAACGCCGGCCAUCCCGUCCUCGCCGGCGGCGGCCUCACCCUCCGCACCCUCACCCACCAUUCCAUCCCCGUCCCGGACGCCCACUGGUCCGGCCGCGUCUGGGCCCGCACCGGAUGCGCCUACUCCGGCACCGCCUUUUCCUGCGCCAGCGGAGACUGCGGCGGCCGCCUCCAGUGCAACGGCGCCGGCGGCGCCCCCCCGGCUACCCUCGCCCAGUUCGAAGUCCACCACGGAAGCAACGACUACGCCUCCUACGGCGUCAGCCUCGUCGACGGUUUUAACAUCCCCAUGACUGUGACCCCGCACGAGGGCAAAGGCGUGUGCCCUGUCGUGGGUUGCCGCGACGAUCUUCUUGCCACGUGUCCACACGUGCUGCAGCACCGUGUGCCUGCGGUUCAUGGACCCGUUGUUGCUUGCAAGAGUGGGUGCGAGGCUUUUCACACGGACGAGCUCUGCUGUAGGAACCACUUCAACAACCCUAGCACGUGCAAGGGGUCUAUCUACUCCUCCUUCUUCAAGCAUGCGUGCCCUGCCACGUUCACUUUUGCUCAUGACACCCCCUCGCUCAUGCACCAGUGUUCCUCCCCGCGCGAGCUUAAGGUUAUCUUUUGCCAUUAAUUAAUAGAAGGGACCAACUACAAAGCUUUUGUGUUAAGGUUUGGGUCAUUGUUUAGUGACUCGACUCUCUUGUCUUUCUAAUAAGAUCCUGCGUCGAGACUAAAAAGAAAGGAAAGUUGGUGAAAAGAAAAAAAGAAAAGUAGUCGUGUGUCUUUGUUGGAAUGUCUUUGUAAUUUCUUAUUUUCUUUGGUUAAGAUGCUUGUGUUUUGUGAUUAGUAGCUUGAAAAAGAACAAAAAGUGUAAUUUUUACUUGUGUUUAAGGACAAAGCUUCGGCUUCUUAUCUUAUGGAAAAAAUAACAGCAAAAUUAAUAAUGCUUGUUUUAGGA